AUGGCUAAGAAGAGAAAAAUAUCAGGCAGCUGCAACAUGGCAAACAGAAAUAAAAGGAUAAAAAAGGAGGAGGAGGUUCAAAGCCAAAACACCGGGGGUAUGGUGGUGGACACAUACACAUCCCAAUUACCCGAACUUGUCAUCAACCAAAUCUUCUCUCAUCUUUCCACCAAGUCCGCCAUUAGGGCAAGCAUUCUUUCUAAGGAAUGGGCAAGCGUGUGUUCUUCAGUUCUCAUUUUAGAUAUCGAUGAGGAUGAAGGGAAGAAGCAAAGUGCUGAUCACAGGGAUCGACGUAGAAAGUUCCUUAAGUUCUUGAGCAAUUGUUUGAAGAUCCGUGAGAAAGAAAAGUACCUGGAGAAGUUCAGGCUCCGUAUGAGUUAUUUUGGAGGUGACUGUGCCAUAAAUAAGUCAUUGAGUUUUGCUUUGGAAAGAAACGUUAAAGAGUUGGAUAUUUGCUUCAAAAGAGAGAACGAGGUCAGAAAAGGCAGAUACUAUUGCUUACAGCAGACAGCUCUCAAUAAUGCAAAAUCUUUAACCAUUUUGAAGUUGGAGUAUUUGAAAAUAGAAGAGGACAGCAUCGACACUAUAAGCCUUCCGUCUUUGAAAACUUUGUCUCUAAAAGCUGUGAAAUUCAUGACUAACACUGGAUUCUCACGCUUAUAUUCGGGGUGUCCUUCCAUCGAGUAUUUGUCAUUAACUUCGUGUCACGGCUGGGAUGUUAGACUUUCAAGUUUGGGGCUCAAACACUUGGAAAUUCUGUGUUGCGAAAUCAAACUUAAAGUCGAAGCAACAAACCUUGAAUCCUUUAAAUUCCGUGGUGACAAUGGACUUCGUCAUCAUAUCAUUGACAUGCGCAAAAACUUCUACAUUGCCUCUUGUCAAACCCUCAGAAGUCUUGAGUUCUCUCAUGCACACUUUGCAAUUGGAUGGUUCAAAGGCCUCGAUUCGAGAUUUCCUCUUCUUGAGAGGUUGGUUUUACAUACAUGCUUCAGCUACUCGGGGAUUAUCAACAUCUUUAGCCAGCAUCUGAAAAGCUUUGUGUUUCAUGAAUGCGGAAACAUUUUGUCUAAUUUUUCUAUGACUGCUCCAAAUUUAUCGGAGGCUACAAUCACAAUUGAAGAGAGAAGAGACUAUGAUCGCCUGAGAAAUUUUCUUGGAAAUUUUGAUUGCUCUAAGAAAAUACGUCUACAUGUUAAUGAGACUGAGGUAUGUAUCUUUCCGGAGGAAAUGAGAAAGAAAUACUCUCCACCAUUACCUAGUCUCAAGCAUCUUGAGGUAGAGAUAGAUACUUUUACAACCGUAGUAACUCAUUCGGCCUUGAUGGACUCCUUACGGUGGAUGGCACCGUCUCUGGAGUUUCUAUCCAUAAACAGAAUUCAUUACAUAUAUGAUAGUAGAAUUAGUUAA